AAAGCUUCAAGAGACGGAGAACUGCAGAUGGUCUCUCAAUCAUAAUCAAGACAAGAUGAAUUUCUCAGUUUGUCUUCUUGUAGCUCUCUUCGGGGGUACAGUGUCCUACCCAGCUAGCGGAGAAAAGUUUUUGGAAGACCAAAAGGAUGCAAUGCAGAAUGGAAAAACAUUAUGGAAUAAAUUGCUGCAAGGAAAGGGCGGAAUUUAUUUUACUGAAAACAAGAAAGAGGAAGACGAUGUAAACGAAAUAUCCCCAUUGACUGAAAAGCACUUCAGUUUUAGACCAGAGGGAGAAAAAGACAAUACGGGGAAAUAUCCGCAUCUCAAAGUUGAGACAGAGAGAAACAGAGUUCCUCUUCCAUCUAUCAGUGGACCGUCUCACGCUGAGAAUUCUGAAGGAGAGAUGCUAGAAAAGGAAAGGACCGCGAAGAACCCAGGAAGAAAACAUAAGGUGCAGUACAAAUCUAGGAAACGCCUGAUGAAUGGACGGAAGACAAUCUUAGUCAGAGGUUCACGAGACCUUUCCAGAGGUUCAACUGGGGGAUUACCUUAUAUGUUUCAUAUCCUUUAUGAGUAACAUAAAAUAUUUUUGAGACUUGUUUGAAAAAGAAAUAAAGUAGUUUCCAACGAA